AUGCAAGUUAAAGCUCUUGCUCUCUCUUUGUUCAUUGCUUUGGCCACGGCAUUGCCCGCUGGCGAGGACAAUGUUGCCGAUGUCAUCCAAGGCACCGAAAAGAAUCCACAGUGGAAAGGCUCUGAUGCAGACAACACCGUUCUGGCUCAGAAGAAUUGGCAGGCAGCUGGAGGUUGCAAGACAGAUUGGGAUGAGAAUAGAAGAUGUCUUACCCAGUGCAUGGGCGAGGCCAACUCCAAGUGCCGUGGAUGGAAGUCGAUGACUGCAGUCAUCCAGGGCGGCUGCGUUUGGGGUUGGAACACUUGCAGAUGCGUCUGCGAGUACUAA